GAUAGAUCUUGAGAAGAUCUUUCUGAGGCAACAAGAAUCGCUUCAAUCGGAGCAAGAACGCGAAAGCUAUGAAGAUUCAAAGUUCAUGAGCUUGCGUUACAAUUGCGGCGGUUACAAAGUGAAGUUGUGGGGUGACUUUAUAUGGAGUUGGGACCUUUGGGGGUUGGGGAAAUUUAUCACUCUACUGUAACAGCUGCAAAUUGGUUGGGAACAACCAAGCUAGGUUGGCAAGGGUGGCCAACUUGGAUGGAUUUGUUGGGAACGGACAAAUGUCAAAGUUGGGGUUCCUAUAGGGAGGGAAUCUUUGUGCUUAUGGGGUUUCCUUGGUUGGGGACUCUCUUGGGACCUUCCCUCUCAUCCCUCUCUUUCUAUCCCAACCUUUCUCUUGCUCCUCUAAUUCCUUGUGAGAUUCUUGAACUUUGAUUGAACUCUUGAGAUUGAGUUAAGUUCUCCUCCUACAGCUUACCCCCUAGUGCGUCGAAAGCCAUAGCGUCGCGAAUACUUCAUCAAUCAACAUGAUUCAAAUUGGGAACGGUAGCUGAGAUUAAGAGCUACAACAUAUCCAAGUUUCGCGACAUUCCAACGGCUAGUUUUUCGUCGACGUCGUUUCUUGUGAAGACGACUUUUCUGUCCAGAAUUUCGGAUUUAUAUUUUGAGUAAUUCUAGCUCCUAAGUUCACCUAGACUCCGUCCUUAAUCCUAACAAGUGGUAUCAGAGCGAUAUUAAGGACAUUGAGAGGAGUCUACAGAAGUUUGAAGACCCUUCUAGACCCACCAUGGCCUGUGGGUGUGCCUAAGUGGUGUUCUAAAGGUUGGAUGUGUCUGCCGCUAAGGGGAAACUCUGCCGAAAUUUCGUGGACGCCGACACUUGUGAAAAUAUCGAGGGAGCUGAGUGUGGACAGCAAAGGGGAGCUGAAAUUCGUCAUUUCUCAAGGAGAAGAUGAAUUAGAGAGGAGGAGAUGCUAAUGGAAGAGGAGCUGUAGCUGAGAAGAUAAGUGAGCCACCGCCAUCAAAAGUUGACGCUUUGGAUGGCUCCAACUAUGAGGAAUGGAGCGGGCGGAUGAGGAGUGCCUUCAAACGCUACAAGCUCCUGAAGAUUGCUGUUGGGGAGGAGAAGAUGCCGGAAGAAGGCGAAGCACGCGAACGGUGGAUUGAGAAAAGCGCGGUGCUUUUCGACCUCAUCCUUCAAUCGAUCAACAAGGAGAUGUUCGAGCACAUCAAGGAUCUUGUGGAAGCGGAUGAUUCGGGUCCAAGGGCGUGGAAACUACUACGCGAUGUGAUUCAGCCCAACACUCUCCCGAUGGUGAUCGUGCUCGAGAAGGAACUUGCUGUCAUCUCCAUGCGACUAGGGGACGAUGUGAAGCCGGUCCUUGACAAGAUCAAGGACACCUAUGCAAGGAUGGCAGCAGCGGGCAGCAGUGUAUCUCAGCUGCAGCAGUGCACCAAGAUCAUCUCGGUGUUGGACAACUCUUGGGACAACCUCAUCCCCACCCUCAACUCUCAGCAAGAUCAAUGGACACCUGAGUGGCUAAGGCAGCAGAUUCUGCAGGAGGACUUCCGUAGACGCCAUGUGGGAGGCGGUGCUGCCACGAAGACUGCUGAGGGGUAUGGAGCUGCAGGGCGCGGCAAAGGAAGAGGGGGUUGGAGAGGCCGAGGCCGUGGGAGGAGCUUUGGCAGAGGUAGAGGCCGAGGUGACUAUAAUGAGGGGCAUGGAAGCUCCAGUGGCAGGGGGAGUACCAGAAUGGAGGGCACCUGCUGGUACUGCAAGAAGAUAGGGCAUCCUUGGUUCAAGUGCUUCAGCAGGCCGGAGGGAUGGGCACCUCCAGGCAUGAAGCCGCCUAGUGGUGAACGCGCACAAGGUGGCGCUGUGCAAGGCUCAGGUGCACAAGGUGAAGGUGCACAAGGUAAUGCCUAUCCUGGUUUGUUUCUUAUGGUAAAGGAUGUGCAUGGGCAUGAGGGUGACGUGGGAUCUGUGGGAAAGGUUGUGAUGCACCCUCUCACGCACUGGGUGAUUGAUUCAGGUUGCACCAGUCACAUGACCCCACGGGCAGAUUUGCUUGAUGAGGUAAAACCCCCUGGGAAGAUCAAGUAUGUGGCAGCAGCGUCAGGUGCUUUGCUCCCUGUCAUUGGUGUUGGAAAUGCCAAGGUUAAGGGAGCUAAUGGGGAGCUUGUGGGGCUUGGGAAUGUUCUGCUGAUUGAAGGCUUGUCUGCUAACCUUCUCUCUGUGCGACGACUGCAGAAGAGCAAGGCCGAAGUGACCUUUGGACCAACCAGCUGCCGUGCUAAGCUUGGGAAGAAGGUGCUGUGGAGUCUGGAAGAGGAGACCAGCUGCAUCAAGGACCUGUGGCAGCUGCCCAUCAUCCCUUGGAAUGGGAAGACUCCAAGAGCAGCAACGGCAGCAGCGGCAAAGGCAACUGCAGGAGGAGAUGCAACUGCACCAACUGAUGGGGUCCUGGAAGCAGUCAAGAAAGUGCAGCAGCAGCAGACACAUGGUGAGGUGCUUGCUGGUGUGGAUGCGAGUGCGGCAUGGGCUAAGGCUUCAUCAAGGAGUGGUGAGGCCGAUUGGAAGACAUGGCAUGAGAGGCUGUGUCAUGUGAACUUCCCUAUGCUGCAGAAGUUGGUGAAGGAUGGGAGCCUGAAGGGCUUGGAGGUGAAAGGGGGAGUGAAGGAGAUUGAGAGCUGCCCUACAUGCUUGGAGACCAAGUUCUCCAAGUUCCCCUUCAACAGCACUACAGGACCAGCCAAGACCCCACUUGCACUUGUGCACAUGGAUGUGGUGGGGCCCACAAGAGCCCCUUCCCUCUCAGGCAGCCGCUAUUUCUUGACAAUUAUGGAUGACCACACUCGGGCAGUGUGGGUUUACCCUUUGAAGAGCAAGAGGGAGGUGGCAGCGGCUGUCCUUAAGGAGUGGAUGCCUAGAGCUCAGAGGGAAUGCGGACACAAGGUGAAGAUGAUCCGUAGUGACAAUGGUGGGGAGUUCAUUGGAGCUGAUUUUGAGGGGGAGUUGAAGAGGAAGGGGAUCCAACAUCAACUGACAGUGCCCUACAACCCGCAGCAGAAUGGCGUGGCUGAGAGGUUCAACAGGACCCUGCAGGAGGGGGCACGCACUCUCCUUGGGAGUGCAGGGCUGCCUGAUCCGUUUUGGGUGUCUGCACUGAGGCAGGUCGCCCUUGUGAAGAACAGGGUGCUGGCUACAGUUGGAGAUAAGGAGUGGAUCCCGUAUGUCAAGUGGUAUGGGAGUGCUCCAGCUGUGAACAUGCUGAGGGCAUUUGGGUGCAUGGUGGUGUUUCAUGUGCCUAAGGAGAAAAGGGGGAAGUUGGAGGCUUCUGGAAGAUGGGGUGUGCACUUGGAGAUUGCAAAGGAUCACAAGGGGUGGCUGCUAUGGGACUUGACCACCCAGAAGUUGACAGUGUCAAGGGAUGUGAAGUUUCUUGAGUCCCUGUACUACAAGGAAUGGAAGCAGCAACAACAGAAGCUUCCAUCUACACCGCUCAUUGUGGAGGCAGAUGAGGUGCAGCAGCCUUCAAGACAGGUGGAGGUUGCAGUGUUAGAGGAGGAGAUGUUUGGGGUGACUGAGGAAGGGGGAGCAGCUGAAGUAGAGCAGCAGCAGCAGCAGCAGCAUGAGUCUCCACCUCGAGUUCCACACCCGCUUGAGUGUCCUAGGAGGGAUGUGCGCCCUCCAGUGAGGCUGACCUAUGGGGGAAGAGGCAAGCCGAAUGUGGUGCAGGCUGGGAGUGUGGUUGAGCAGAUUGAGGAAGAUGAGAUCGCUCACUGCUACUGGGCACCAAUCCCUGAGCCCAAGACUCGAGAGGAGGCUUUGAAUGGACCAAAUGGGGAGAAGUGGAAGGCGAGUGAGGAUGAGGAGUUCGGGUCCCUAAUUGAGAACGAGACAUGGGACCUGUGUGACUUGCCUCUUGGAAAGAAGGCAAUCACUUCCAAGAUGAUCUACAGGCACAAGUAUGGACCUGAAGGGGAGCUGACCCGCUACAAGUCUAGGCUUGUGGCACGGGGGUUUCAACAGACAAAGGGGAAGGACUAUGAUGAGGUGUUUGCUCCUGUGGGGAAAGGAACAACACUGAGGGUGCUGUUGGCGAUAGCUGCACUCCUGGGAUGGAAGAUACGGCAGAUGGACAUUGUGACUGCCUUUCUGAAUGGGAUCAUUCUGGAGGAGGUGUACAUGAAGCAGCCAGAGGGGCUGGAUGAUGGGAGCGGCAGGGUCUGCAGGCUGAAGAAGGCCAUCUAUGGCCUUAAGCAGGCGCCUCGUGCAUGGUAUCACAAGUUGGAGGAGGCGCUGUUGGCUGGGGGUUUCAAGAAGAGUGAGUGUGACCCCAGCCUGUUCCUGCUGCAGGAGAAGGAUGAAAUCCUCAUGUUCUUGGUGUAUGUGGAUGAUAUCCUUCUCUUUUCUGCAUCCACUGCUUUGCUGGACAGCGCAGAGCAGAUGCUGGAGAUGCAGUUCAAGUGCUCCAAGAUGGGUGAGUACAUGGCCUUACACCAUGGGGCCAAGGAAGUAGUGUGGCUAAGGCGUUUGUUGGAGGAGUUGGGAGUUGGUCAGGAGAAGACGACAGUUGUGUUUUGUGACAAUGAGUCCGCUGUGAAGCUCGCCAAGAAUGCUUGUCUGCAUGGGCUGACAAAACACAUAAGGCCUAAGUGGCAUUGGGUGAGGAGACUCAUUGAUAAGGAGGUGCGGCUGGAGAUAGUGAAGACCCAUCAGCAGGCAGCAGAUAUUUUCACCAAGCGUCUGGCGGAGGCGGAUCAUUGGAAGGGCAUGAAGCUUGCUGGGAUGAGUGUGCAUUGAGUAUGCAUGCUUGAGAUGUUGGUAUGGUGGUUGAUGGUUGGCAGCCAGAGGGGGAGAUUGUUGUGUGAUGUCAUCAUAUGCUAUCACAUUCUGUCUGCCUCUCAUCUCUUGUUUCAAUUCGUAUGUAUGGUUUGACUGUGUGUGAAAGAAUUUGUGUGUGGUGUGUUCUGGAGUUUGAGAAUGUGUUUUGUGUUAUUCUUUUUGAGCAGGUAUUUGUGAUGAUAGAUCUUGAGAAGAUCUUUCUGAGGCAACAAGAAUCGCUUCAAUCGGAGCAAGAACGCGAAAGCUAUGAAGAUUCAAAGUUCAUGAGCUUGCGUUACAAUUGCGGCGGUUACAAAGUGAAGUUGUGGGGUGACUUUAUAUGGAGUUGGGACCUUUGGGGGUUGGGGAAAUUUGUCACUCUACUGUAACAGCUGCAAAUUGGUUGGGAACAACCAAGCUAGGUUGGCAAGGGUGGCCAACUUGGAUGGAUUUGUUGGGAACGGACAAAUGUCAAAGUUGGGGUUCCUAUAGGGAGGGAAUCUUUGUGCUUAUGGGGUUUCCUUGGUUGGGGACUCUCUUGGGACCUUCCCUCUCAUCCCUCUCUUUCUAUCCCAACCUUUCUCUUGCUCCUCUAAUUCCUUGUGAGAUUCUUGAACUUUGAUUGAACUCUUGAGAUUGAGUUAAGUUCUCCUCCUACAGCUUACCCCCUAGUGCGUCGAAAGACAUAGCGUCGCGAAUACUUCAUCAAUCAACAUGAUUCAAAUUGGGAACGGUCAACCUAACGUUCUUGCCGGCAUCGGACAUGACCCUCGCGCUCUACCUGGUGUACGUCAUCCAACGCAAGGCCUCCUUGUCGGUGGUUCAGCUCA